GUCGGCCAGUGCGGAAACCAGAUCGGCUGCUGCUUCUGGGACCUGGCACUAAGGGAGCACGCCGCGGUCAACCAGAAAGGAAUUUAUGAUGAGGCAAUAAGCAGCUUCUUUAGAAAUGUGGACACCAGGCGCUUCUCUUGCUAAGUUCCUACACCCACCUCUUUACUUCUUGUUACCCAACGCUUAACAUUGAGUAUUACAGAGUUGAGACUCAGCCUGGGAGCUUUUCUUUCUUCAUAAGGUGACUCUUCAUAACUACACUCUCAUCUACUCUGUGUGUUUUAUGCUUUAACCUGAGAGCACUAUUAUUUUCCCGAGUGGUUGGUGAUGGUGGAAGUAUUUCCAAGGGAAAAAUAUGUUCUUUAAAAGCACGAGCUGUCUUGAUUGAUAUGGAAGAAGGGGUAGUGAAUGAAAUUCUACAGGGACCACUGAGAGAUGUAUUUGAUACGAAACAGCUCAUCACUGAUAUUUCUGGCUCAGGAAAUAAUUGGGCUGUGGGUCACAAAGUUUUCGGCAGUCUUUACCAAGACCAGAUUUUAGAGAAACUCAGAAAGUCGGCAGAGCACUGUGAUUGCUUGCAGUGUUUCUUUAUAAUACAUUCCAUGGGAGGAGGAACAGGAUCUGGACUUGGCACAUUUCUUUUAAAGGUGCUUGAAGAUGAAUUCCCAGAAGUAUACAGAUUUGUGACUUCCAUUUAUCCUUCUGGUGAGGAUGAUGUCAUAACCUCACCUUAUAAUAGCAUCUUGGCAAUGAAGGAACUUAAUGAGCAUGCAGACUGUGUGUUGCCCAUUGACAAUCAAUCUUUAUUUGACAUCAUUAGCAAAGUCGACCUCAUGGUGAAUUCUGGAAAGUUGGGUACAACUGUGAAGCCAAAGAGUCUGGUUACUUCAAGUUCUGGGGCUUUAAAAAAGCAGCAUAAGAAGCCAUUUGAUGCAAUGAAUAACAUUGUGGCAAAUUUGCUGCUCAACCUAACGAGCUCUGCAAGAUUUGAAGGGUCCCUUAAUAUGGACCUUAAUGAAAUCAGCAUGAAUUUAGUUCCUUUUCCUCAACUUCAUUAUCUCAUGUCAAGCCUAACACCUCUGUAUACACUGACAGAUGUUAACAUUCCUCCUAGAAGAUUGGAUCAGAUGUUUUCAGAUGCCUUUAGUAAAGAUCACCAGCUGCUUCGAGCAGAUCCCAAACACAGUCUCUACCUCGCCUGUGCGCUCAUGGUUAGAGGAAAUGUACCAAUUUCAGAUCUUCGUAGAAAUAUUGAAAGAUUAAAACCAUCUCUACAAUUUGUCUCCUGGAAUCAAGAAGGCUGGAAGACCAGCCUGUGUUCCAUACCUCCUGUGGGCCAUUCUCAUUCGUUAUUAGCUUUAGCAAAUAACACAUGUGUGAAGCCCACCUUCAUGGAACUGAAAGAGAGAUUCAUGAGGCUCUACAAGAAAAAGGCUCACCUUCAUCACUAUCUACAAGUUGAAGGGAUGGAAGAAAGCUGUUUCACAGAAGCUGUGUCAUCUUUAUCAGCACUCAUACAGGAAUAUGACCAACUGGAUGCCACAAAAAACAUGCCUGUGCAAGAUUUACCCAGACUAAGCAUAGCUAUGUGAAAAAGAAACCCUCAAAAAGACUUUCUUAAUUUCACAUUGUUUUUCUGACCUUUCUGUUUCAACAUUUUUGUAAUUUGGAAACUCCAGUUUUUUCAUAUUAUCAGGAAAUAUUUUUGUCUAAAAGAGUGAUUUCUGUUUAAUCAUAAUUUGUUGGUAAUACCAAUGUGUGAAACUAGUGAAAUCUUAGUACCUUAACUUCAAACAUUUCUCUUCAGAAAAGUUCCCUUUUCUAAAAUUGAGAGAACAGAGUUCUUGAAUAUUUUGCUGUAUUUAUAGCCUCAUAUUUAGGCAUUUAUGCACUGGUAAGUCUUCAAUAAAAAUCUUGUACAGAUAUAUUUUUAUAAUUAUUUAUAAUUUAUAUUUUGAUAUUCUAUUUAAGUUAUCCUGAUUCUUUAAAAGUAGUUACUGGGAGUAGAAGAACACAAUAUAAAUAUUUCCGUGUAAUAUCCACUAACUUUUCAGGCAUAGAUUUUAUUACAACUGUUAAGGAGGUUUUGCUUCUUCUUUAGAUAACAACUUGUUUGCUCAAAAGAAUCUUAAUUUGUACACUUAACAUGUAUUUGUAUUAAACUUUUUAAAUAAUUGCUUUCUUAUCAAACCAAUUGAUUUUAUAGUAAAUGUCUAUAUUUUUCAACAGUGCUACUUGUUGUUGUUCUGCAUGACAUUUAUACAAAUGAACAGAAUGUUACUAAGCUUGAUAUCUUCCAAACUCUGCAAUAAAUGGUUAUAAUUGUUCCAGUUACUAUAAUCUUCAGUUCUAGCCUUAACAUUAAUUUAUUUUUAAUAACAAUUUAUAUUUCAGACGCACAGGUUAAUUUUAAGUUUUAUUCUUUAUGUUUCUUUCCUUUGCAAAGUAAUGAUACUGUUCUUGGUCUUUGUCUUGGAAAUUUAAUUUUUUACAAUAUUUGAUAUAAAAAAUUUUAGAUUGCAGUUGUUAACAGUGGCCAGAAAAGUUGCAUUUUCUCCUUUCCAAAAUAAACUGAUAUUCAAGAUCAGGCAGUGAAAAGUCUAAAUAUGUUUACAGCUUAAUCUUAUUUCUGUUCAAGAAUUAAUCUAGAAUUUCACUUGCCCUAUAAUGAUUUAUCAACUAAUGGGCACCUUAGGCUACAUUGUCAAAUAUAGAUUAAAUUUUUUAAAUUUAGUAUGUUUUUUUCCCCCAAAGGAGUGUCUCACUCCUCCAUGCCAAUGCAGUGGUGCAAUCUCGGCUCACUGCAACCACCACCACCUGGGUUCAAGCAGUUCUGCCUCAGCCUCCUGAGUAGCUGGGAUUACAGGCGCACGCCACCACACUUGGCUAAUUUUUGUAUUUUUUUAUUACAGACAGGGUUUCACCAUGUUGGCCAGGCUGGUCUCAAACUCCUGACCUCAAAUGAUCUGCCCACCUUGGCCUCCCAAAGUGCUGGGAUUACAGGCAUGAGCCACUGUGCCCAGCCUAAAAUUUAGUAUGCUUUUUAUACAGCUUUAGCAAGUAUUCCAGAUUAUUUUGUAAAAUAUGUUCUUGUAAAUUGCAUAAUUUUUUCAUAUACAAAAUGCUUAGAUGGUACCAAAUGUCUGUGUGUUAUAUAAUUAUAGGAUAUAUUUUAGAAAUGAGUUCAAUUUUUAAGUUUUUCAAAUUUUAUGUAUAUUUUUAGAAUAACUUUUUAAAAGCUUCUAAUGCCUUAAAUGUAGUGAUCUGAGAAUAGGCAUUCAUACUGUUUUACACAAAGUAGAUUUACCAGCAUUUUAUACUCACUAAUUUUUUUAUUAUAUGACAGGAUUGACUAACUUUUCCCCCAUUUGCUUGGUUUUACAGAAUCUUGAGCUCAGAAAAUAUGUCUCCAGGUUCUCUGCAGUUUCUCUGACAUACACAAGAUGUAAUCCACAGCAUCUUCCAUUUAAAUGACCCCUCAUUUGGGCAAUCAAAUUGAAUAGUAAUCAUUUUAGACUUAUUAGGGAUACAGCAUCUCUUAUCCAAGCAUAUUCCACAAAAAGUGGGUUUGUAACUCUGAGUACUUGAGCAUCCAGAAAAGACAAAUUUUUCAGCUUUGGAGAGUUGGAAAGUAGGUUGGCAUGUUUUUCCUUUGGGAAUCUGGAAAGAUACAUAAAAUGAAGUCAUUCUUUAAAUUUUAUUACAAUAGUUUUGAAAAUCAACAUGUAGAAUAUUUUAUAGUAUGAAUAUAAUUAUUUGGAGGCAUUAAUAAAAGUUGCUAUGUAGUGAUUUCCAGCACUCUCUUUACCUUUAAGAUCCCCUUAUCAGAGGUCUGUCCUCUCUAUUCUUCAUCAUAUUAUAGCACCUACUCCCCAAUGUUUUUUGCUAUCUAUUCUUGCUCAAUUUUACAAUAAACAAAACUUCUGUUUUGUUUGAUAUCAAGAGCCGUGUCUUAUUAAAUAUUUAUCUAAGACUUAGCAAAUUCCAUAACACAGCCCAGACAGUUUUCCGUGGAUGCAUAGAUGAAUAAUUAUCCUAAUCUUUCUUUAAAACUGAAUUGUCAGCUUGCUAAUAUGAUAGAGAAUAACUUUGGGGUAGAAGGAUUGUGUAGCAUUUCUAAAAAUUACCCUUUUUGAGACAGACUUCCUGCCUCGUUCAAGAAGUAGGACCAGCUCUAGUUAUACCAAGCAAUCUUAGGGUAAAUAUUUUAUUGUAGUGUUUUAGCAAGUUUACUAUGUAAGCAUAGAGCAUUUUGGAAAUGGUGUGGCUUCCUUCCAAGUUAAUGAUAUAUAACUAAGAUCAGGACUUCUCUACUCUGAUGUUCAUAAUACCUGUUUUCAUAAUUAUAGUGUAGCAAUCAAAAUCUUCUAUUCAUUAACAUAGAAAAAAGAAGUUAGAAUCUGCUCUGGUUGGUAAAAUUUUCCCCACAACAUGCAGUUAAUACCUGUUUUCCUCUGAAAUAAUUUGACUUUAAGCAUUAUAAUGAGAUAGUUUUAUUUUUCUAAGAACUAAACACCAUCCCACCCUCCAAAACACACACAUUCUUACUUUUCAGGAAUCUCUUAAUAUUGAAUUAAGUUAAAUAUAUUUAAACUUUACCUUUAUUGUCUUUAAUAUAUUGCUGUCACAAGGCUGAAUGUAACACAGUCUUUUCUCUUUUCUCAUUUCACAGUUGCUGUUUUCAUUGGUCACCCUAUUAGAUAUUCCCAUCCCACAUGUUCUGGAGCAGGGAGUCCACUUUGUUGCUUGCACAAGACAUUUUUUUUUCCAAAUAAGUGGGAGAUUUCUAUAAGCUAUAACGAAGGGAGAAAAGUACAUAUGUAUACAUAUAAAUGUACUUGUAUAAAUAGAUAAUUUUUAAUCAUGUUUAAUGUUUAAGAAAUCUGAAUAUUUUUGUAUAACUCAGAAUAAAAGAAGCUGAUGGUCUAAUGUAUCAUUCUAUCUCCCUUUCCCAACCCCAAAAUUAACUUUCAAUCAAGUACUACAGUCCAGUCUCUUAGAAGGAAUAAGAAUACUUUAUCUUUGAAAAACUGAGAAGAUUUACUCAUUUGCAUUUUUCUGCUUUGCCUGUCCUCUGAAUACUAAACCUAAGCUUAUGUUCCUGUUGAGUUGUCUUUUCCUUUGUUCUUGCCUCAUCAUUUCUAACAGACGUUGAAAUAAAAAUUAGGGAAUUUGA